GAAUGAAGAAGAAGAAGAAGAAGAGGGGAGCAUACUGUGGUAUUAUCCUACGCAUAGCAGUGUCAUUUCCUCGGAUUGAUGUCUUUGUCGUUGCAUGUUAUUAAGGCUUUAUCCCAACUCCCAAGCAGUUUUCCGCAUUCCUGAAAGCUUGUCGUUGAUAGCAAUGAAGAGAAUGGGCCCAGGAUUUCUGUCUCUGCAUACCUUAGGUAUGAAGGGCCAUCGGGUCGGGAAUGGCGCGAGGCUCCGGGCUGGUCUGAUUUCUCAGGCCACAAACGGGAAGGAUGAGGUGAAAGGCGCGGCGCGGCUCUUUGCAUUAUGGGCAUUGGUUCCGUGUGCAGGGCUCUUAUUCAUCUCAUCAUCUCACCGUGACGAAGACAAGAGAGUUGGCCGUCGGGGCAGAGGCACGGGUGAUACGGGUAACGGGAACACCGGACUCCAGACUCCAGUGCUCCGUAGUACUACAGGCGACAGGGAACCGUUGGUACCCGAGGGGUACAUGGACAGGCAGCCCACUUCUGCAGGGAACAGAAGUACCAUGGAAGUACCACGGAAGUACCAGGGACGUCGGGAAGUCGGCGGCAAUAAAAUCCAAAGUGGCCGAGGGUCUUCUCCCACGGAAGCACAGUUCCUGGCCAAUCAGCGUAGAGAGACCGUAGAGAGGAGAGGAGAGUUAGACACUGUCCCUGUAUCUGGAGGACCCAAGAACCCCGCGAGCGUUGUCCUCUUGCCGUACCGCUAUCCGAUGCUAUUAAUACAUGAAUAUAUGAAUCCAUCUGCCCUCACGUCUUCGGCCCGCUCGCGCCAAAUCUACGGAGCGACAGGACUGACCAGACAGAGAGUACGGUGCCCGUACGACAACUUCAACCUCGCGCUCGCUCUCGCUCUCGGCCACCCACGACUACGACCGCGACCAGGACCACGACCACGACCACGACCAUCAUCACCCUCCCCAUUUCACUCCUCCGUCGCUCAGUCCCUCAAUCUCUCAAUCCCACAAUCGCCAACUCGCCCUCUUCUUCUUCUUCCUCCUGCGCUUGUCCCGAGCUUUGAUUGAAAAUCCCCCCCGUCCGCUUCUUUCAUCGCGCCCGGCAAGCCACAGCGCAUGUCUUCCCGCCCGGCGCACAAACAGCCAUCCCUCCCUCACUCCCGCGCUCGACACACCUUGUAAGCCUCACCACCAGCCCGCCCACUCCAAUUUCAAGAACUGCAGCAACCCUCCGUCCUCCCUCCGUCCUCCUCUCUCUCUACCUCUCUGCCUUUCCUCCUCCCCGCCCACAUCUACAGAGAUCCAUCCCUCUUUUUCCUCUUUUCUCUGGCAAUCCCCCCCCGCUUGUCUUCUCUUCACCGCAAUUCCCCAC